AUGCGCAAAUACAUCCUUCUUGGAUUCUUGGGAGCUGCCGUCUCGGCCUCGAUCGUCGUCGCGGCUAUUGUCGGUGCGAAACACGCCCACCACCGUUCGGCUGCAGCAGCCUCCGACAACCCAUCCGUCGCCGGCCGAAGCUUGAAGUCGGAUGUCGACAGCUAUGCGACCUACGCUCAGCGGCUAAGCUCCAACCAGUGGAACCGGGUCCAGUACAGCUCAGUGGUCAUCUUCGGCGCUUCGGAUUGCGACGAUGCUCAUCCCCGGUCGCCGAUCUAUGCCGAUACUCUCAGGGGUAGCGCUCCAUACUGGCAUAAUAGGUUCACCAAUGGCAUUGUCUUUGGGGAAUACUUGGCAGCAUCGACUCUAACAGGAAGCAAAAUCAAUCUACUAAACUAUGCAUAUGGCGAUGCGACGGUAAACAACAAGCUGACGAACGUGAAUGCGCCGGACACGCGGACGCAGAUGGAGACGUACAUAGACGAAGUGAGCAGCAAGAAGGCGAAGCGGGGGGACGAGGCGACGGGGCGGGUGCUGCACUGCGUGUGGAUCGGAAUCAACGACAUCAUCCAGAUCUGGACGGACGUGAUCAAGAACGGCACCUUCCAGAACGGCAACAUCCACGGCCCCCAGACCGGCUUCGAGUACGCCACCGGCAGGGUCCAUCUCGAGGCCCGCGAACUGCUCGACCAGGUCAACCUCAUCCACGCCCAUCCCCGCGUCAACGACAUCCAUUCGGACUUCCUUCUCAUGCUCCUCCCGCCCCUCGAGAUCCUCCCCAACCUUUACUACCAGUCUAAAACUCUCGCCAAGAAUGACCCCGCCCUCAUCGACGUCUAUCUUUCCUACAUCGGCAACCUCACCCGUCUGUAUAACCAGGAACUCAGUGACGGAAUCAAGGCGCUUUCUCAGGAAGCUAAUAAGGCUAGCUCUUCGGGACACAAUCUGGCAUACUUCGACGCCCCCAAAUACUGGUAUUUCGUCCGAAGCCAUCCCCAAACUUUCAAUUUCCUUAACGUUGCCGACGCUUGCUGGAAUUCGACGUCUGGUGCGGUCUGUAAUCCGGCCGACCGAUGGGAAUACUUCGACACUCUUCAUCCAACAACAAAAAUGCACGAAUAUAUCGCCCAAGAAAUCACGGUUCAAGUCAACCUCUGA